AUGAGUGGUAUUCCUCAAGUGAGAGCUGAUAACUUUGGUAAUACGGUUAAUAUAGAUGCACCAGAAGCGUUACAAGAAGGAGCGGUGAACAUAGAAUAUCUUCCUAUUGAGAUCUUGAUCAAUAUAUUUUCUAACCUUGACCCUGGUCAGCUUACUGAAUGUCGGUUAGUCUGUAAACGAUGGAACUUUGCUGUCCUGGAUAAGUCAACAUGGUUUCGGAUCUUUGCAUCGAGGUUUGGGACUGGAGCAAGCUUUCCUUCCUUGUCUGGGUCCAAGUUCUGGACCAUAGAGUACUUCAGGCGAAUAAAGACAUACAAAAAAUGGAAUAAGGCUACUGCAUUACAUAGAAGCUACCAGUUGAUAAAUAAUGAAUUCUUUCAUGUGGAUACUUGCUUGGUCAAUUUUCCUCAAGGAAAACUACUCACAAGUUCACGGCUCCUAGGAAAUGUAUCAAUAUGCAACUUGGAGAAUGGCAAAAAUCAGGCAUUUAUUCCUGGAAAUCACAUAUUUACGGAGAUAUCUAGUUAUUCCAUAACUUGGAACUAUAUGCUUGUUGGAAAGCGUACUGGAGAGCUUUAUUUGAAGAACCUCUUUACAUCAACUUCGUCGGUCUCGGGUAAGGUUUCACUAGUAAAAAUGAUCAGCGAGAGCUCCACAAACGAUGCGAUUUUAGCAACAGCCCUUAAUCCGAAUGCUGGUAAACCAAAAGAAAUCUUUGAUUGUAUUUCGGGGUCAUAUUUAGGAUUUGUCAAAGUUUGGAGUUCGAAGGGAACCCUAGUGAAAGAGUUCAAUUUCGGAGAAUCAAUAUAUAAUAUUGUAACUGAUUUUAGGCAUUUCAUUAUUGCUCAAACGAAGACAUCAUUGGUUUUCGUUCAAUUAGGGGAUAGUCUUGUGAGGAAAGUGCGUCUUGACUUUGAGAUUGAUAAUUUCGAGAGAUGCUUUAUGGAUUUCGACAGUGGAGGAAAAAACGUGAUUAUAAGUUACGAUAAACAUAUUCGGGCUGUUAAUUUUGAAUCGCUAGAUGAGGUUAGGAUAAAAGGAAUAGAUCUAGAAGAAUCUAUAAUCACGCUAAGGGCCAAAAUGCAAAUAGUGGACCUGAGAAGACCCCUCAAACAAGAUGCUUCGAUUGUAGGUGGCGACGGGUUAUUGUAUGCAAAUGUUCUUUCUGAUGACUCGGUUAUAAUCUGGAACGUUAGAGACACAAGAACCAAAAUAAUACCAGCAUGCACAAUUCGUCCCACAUUUAGCAAACAUGCGCCUGAGAUUCCGGCAGAUAUUCCGUUGAUAACAACAGUUGCAUUGAAUAGUUCUGUCAUAGUCAUCGGUGGUUAUAAUGGCUUCACAAAUUUACAUAACGUAUUCACAGGUGACUACAUCAAAGAAUGUUCAGCAAAACUUCCUAGGAAAUUAACAUAUGGGUACCAUGACUUGGUUCCGAUUAGCAACAUAGAGUUGAACGAGGAUCAGGCUGCGACUAAUGGAGUUAUAGUUUGUGGUGACAAAAUUCAGUAUUUCCAAUUUGACGAUAGUGAUAACACUAGCACUAAAGUGGCAUCUAAGAAAAGAGUCAAUUUUGGUUCUUCUAACAAGAACGAAAACUACAAACAGAUAAGAGAUGGCAUUGAAGAUUACGAUAAAUUUCAGGAGCAAGAAGAACAGAGUUUUCGUCUUUUUGACAAAUAUAAUGGUAAGUUAGACGAUGAUGAUGAUGAACUUUCAAUUGCUCUUGCGGUUAGCCAAAGCUAUAGACAAAAAAACUUAGAUUCAACUGAUGACAUAGAACUAGCGAUAGCAAUGGAGUUGUCGAAACAAUCUGAGCUGGAGUCCUCUAAAUUCCGUCGCCGGAGUUCUGAAGCUUCGAGAGGGCAGGACGAGACCCUUGACGAAGAUGAUGAAAUUCGGAAGGCUCUAGAAUUGUCUCUUUUGGAUCAAUAA